AAAGAAUUGUUUGUCAACUUAAAGUCGGUAAAUGCUUAACCAGAACGAUCGUGAAUGCCAAAGAUAAAAUAUUCGGUACGGAAAUUGUGGUACUUCAAAUAUGGAUACGAUAAAAAAGGAGGAGAAAAAACGUUAUUCAAAAGUUAGUACGUCUUUUAGCAUAGAAAGUAUAUUAAAGACACCACAUCAAAGCAAUUUUAAAGUAAACAACUGUGAUGUGAAAAAGGCACAUCCGGCUGAAACUACUUUUUCUGGCCUUCCACAAAAUGAUGGUAUCCAGGAUCCAUUAAAUUCAUAUUCUAGUUAUAAUGUGGCCCCCGCGAUCUACACACAAUUUGUUGGAGCAAAAAAAUCAGCGAACAUGAUGACACACUUUAUGUAUAACCAUCUCCAGUUAAUAGGACUGCAAGCCAAACGUUCCCGAAAACAAGGACUUGAACGUAAGCCGAGGCAAGCAUAUAGUGCCAAACAGCUAGAUCGACUUGAGAGUGAGUUUAAAGAAGAUAAAUACCUUAGCGUUAGCAAACGUAUGGAACUCUCUAAAACUUUAAAUCUGACAGAAGUUCAAGUAAAAACAUGGUUUCAAAACAGGAGAACAAAAUGGAAGAAACAACUGACUUCGCGACUUAAGAUAGCACAUCGGCGAAGUGUUUAUGAUAGCAAUAUCGGUCUCAAACAAGUACCACUAGAUAUGGCUGUUACUCCACGUACUUCUGUAGAUCAUUCUGUGACAUCCUACUUACCUCCCGUAUAUUUCCCCGUGUUGCAUUUUAACAAUAGCAUGUGUAAUAUUAAUAAAUACCAACAAAGCACAUACCUCUCUUAUCCAUAUGAUGUUCCCUCAACUGAAGUUGCAAAAACGGCAAUGGAAAAUUUAUUGCUAUAUAAAAUAGAUACCUGAAAUAAAUAUUUAUCUAUAUCAUCCUAUUUGAUGUUUCAAUAAAUGUGAACCAAUAAAA